AGCGAGUAUGAAGUUACGGACGGUGCGCGCGCAUCCGUUGACCGUCGACCGUCCUGUGCCUGUUGCGCGUCGUGUGCUGUCGGUGGCGGUCGGCACCGUCAGUUCGACGCGGCGGACCAGCAGCCACCGCCAACCGCCAAUCAGCCAUCAGUGGAGCACAACGCAGAGAAGGUGAACGUCAGGCAGGAGAUAGCGUUGAAGUAAUUUUUUUCCAUCAUAGUUCGAUCCUUCUUCGUCUUAACAACAAAAUGGCGGAACAAGUCAGUGAAAAUAGGAGGACUAGACGGCCACCGCAGAAGCCUGUUGCCCAAAAGCCGGUCAUAUGUAUGAAAGUCACCGGCGUAGUUAAACGUUUCCACAUCAAACGCGGUUAUGGUUUUAUUAUCCGUAAUGAUACAAAAGAAGAUGUAUUUGUACAUCAGUCUGCUAUAAUCAAAAACAACCCAAAUAAAAUUCUACGAAGUCUUGCUAUUGGGGAAACCGUAGAAUUUGAUAUUGUGGAAGGUGAGAAAGGUUAUAAUGCAGCAAAUGUUACUGGCCCUAAUGGGGACCCUGUAAAAGGAUCACCUUAUGCAGCUGAAAAAAAGGAGAAUAACCAUGGCCAGUGGUCUUAUGGACGUCGUCCUAAUACUCUUACAGGAUAUGGGGGUCAACCUUUAAGAGAUAGUAGUCCAAGUGGUUGCAAGGAAGAAACUAUAAAUGAAAAAGGGGAACAACCAAGACGUUAUCGCCAACCAUAUCAACCGAAUUGGUAUAAUAGCUAUCGUGGACAUCAAAGAGGUCCACCGCCAAAUAGAGGAGAAGGUGGUGAUUGCAAUAGUGGAGAUAACUACGGAUAUGAUAGUUCACCUCCUGGUAGAGGCAGAGGUCGUGGGAUGGGUGCUCCCAGGCGUUUGUUUAGACGAGGCAGUGGAUUUAGAGGGGUUCGUGGAACAGGAGAUUCAUCUAGAACACCGGUUUAAUCUAUU